CCCAAGUCAAGACUGCAGACAUAACACUUCUCCUCCGGUCCAUGAGGAGGCGACAGCCCGCUAACAGUCGCGUCUCUGCCCGAAGAAAAACGACUGUAAUAAAAAAACAUGGCGGCGUCGUUGGUGCGGUUUGUCCGCGGAGGUCUUGGAAGGAGUUAUAACCUUGCAAGGAGUUCGUGUCUCCUCCAGCAGCAGACCAGGCUGCAGAGCGCCACCACCGAGACCAGCCCCACCAUCAGGCCCAAGGAUGCGGUCACUCACAGCCAGCUGGCAGCAUUCGGGGAGUACGUGGCUGAGAUGAUGCCCAAAUAUAUCCAGCAGGUCCAGGUGACCUGUUAUAACGAGCUGGAGGUGAUGAUCCAUCCUGACGGAGUGAUCCCUGUCCUGACCUUCCUGAGGGAUCACACCAACGGCCAGUUCAGGAACAUGACUGAUCUGACAGCUGUGGACAUCCCGACACGGCAGAACCGCUUUGAGAUUGUGUACCACCUGCUGUCGCUGCGCUACAACUCUCGUCUCCGCAUUAAGACGUACACAGAUGAGUUAACACCGGUGGACUCUGCAGUCCCGGUCCACAUGGCCGCCAACUGGUACGAGAGGGAGGUAUGGGACAUGUUUGGCGUGUACUUUGCCAACCACCCAGACCUGAGGCGUAUUCUGACAGACUAUGGCUUCGAGGGUCACCCCUUCAGGAAAGACUUCCCUCUCUCAGGAUACGUAGAGGUGCGUUAUGAUGACGAGGUGAAGCGUGUCGUGGCGGAGCCUGUGGAGCUGUCGCAGGAGUUCAGGAAGUUUGACCUGAACACGCCUUGGGAGGUGUUCCCCGCCUACCGAGAGCCCAAAGAGGCCGCACCCAAACUGGAGGCUGGAGACGCCGCCCCUGAGAAGAAAUGACGUCCCUCUGUUUCAUCACCAUCUUCUGUCUGUUAGUGUCGUUUUGGGACUCCUAGCAUCCUGAACAAAACCCACUUGAAAUAUUUAUGUAAAUAAAAAUACUAAUAAAACAAACUUUAAAAGGA